AUGAAAAUCAGCAGAUUAUUUAUUCUUCUUAAACUAUUUUAGCUAUGUUGCUGCGAGAUUGAAGAAUUAACCUAUCAAAACCCCGUUAUAACAAAAUAUAUUGAUAUCCUAUCUAACUAGUAUUACGGAAUUGUGAGCUUUUACGUGCCAUUGUCAUUAUAAACAAAUUUUAUUAAUAGCUUAGCUCAAUCAGUAGAUAAGCAAUUUCUAUUUUCCACCUAUUUCAAUAACGAUAUAUUCAUUGUUGCAUAUUGCAAACUCAAUAUCCAAGCCAAUGAGAUAACUCAUACAUUAAUAUUAGUUUAAUAACAAACCAUAUAAGAGUAAUAGUUUUCAGUUUCAUUUGAUACUUAAUUAUUUGAAGGCUAACUCAUUUGCACAUCAUUUUACUAUGAUGCUGAACAAUAAAAUCUUCAAUUUAUAAUUUAAACUAAAAAUGAUAUCUAAUAUAUGAAUUUGAAUAAAAUUAAUUUGGAGCAGAACAAUGUUAAGUUUGUAUUUGGUGGCGCAAACUAAAAUUUAGAGUUAAGCAGCUUCUAGGGCUUGUUAUAUCCAUUUUGGGAAGACUCUGAAGGCAAUAUUUAUUUUUACUUGAAUUACUUGUAUGCAGUUGAAAUAUGUUCUUAUGCUGAAGAAAAAGCUGAAUUUGAUUCAAAGGAUUAUGAUUAGGAAAAUACUUGGCAAUAUAUAUUACCAUUCAUUGUUUCCAAGGAUUAUUCCAUAUACUUUUGGCAUAGAUUUUCAACACCCUUAGAUUCUAAUGAUAUCGUAUCUCUAAUACACAUAAGCACUUAAAUUUAACUUAAUCCUCAAUAUUCUUUAGGGACUAAUACUCUGAUGAUUAAUUACGAAUAGUAACAUAAUAAAUAGAUUUUGGUUACUGUUCAAUAUUAUUCAUAUGAAUUUCCAUACAUAUUUUACGAUCCAGAUUACAUUCAAUCAUUAAUCAAAGUAUAAUAAAUUGAGGAGAUAGAUCCAGCUCUAAUUUAUUAAUGGCAUUAUAUAAUCAUCCAAUAUUAAUUUAACGAGUUGUUUAUACAAAUAUACUAUCCUAAUUAACAGAGAAGAAUUAAUUUUAAGGAUAAAACUGUAAGACAAUUUUCGUAUUCCUAAUUUUCAUUGAUAUUUGGAGAGAGCAUGAAUUAAUAACUAUAUGCUGGACAAGUGAAUCAGUUCAAAUUUAAAAAUUGCCAAGAAGAAUUCAUUGAUACAUAUCAAUGCCAUUUUUCAUGUGCUACUUGCAAUGGACCUUUGAAGAACAGUUGUUUAAGUUGUCCAGAGAACUCAUAUAGGAACUACGAUCCUGAUAAUCAUACUUGCACUUGUUAAAUUUGGACUAUAGAGUAAAAUUCAACAUAAUGUUUCUCCAUUUCUGAUAUUAAUUAAAUAAAUGUAGAUUAAAUUGAAGAUUCUAAAAACUACAAUUUUGAUUAGGUUGAACCGAAUAUAAUUUGUUCAUACGGAUAUUUCUUAUAUGAAGGUGAUUGCUAUUAAUGGUAAAUUUAUUUAUUAUAUAGACGAGUCCAUCAGCUUCUCAACAAGGAGAUUUAAUUUGUCUUGAAUGUCUGGACAAUUGGUAGAAUUGGAUUUAAAAUUCUAUUUGUUCGGAGUAUAUGCUCAGCAGAAUAAUAUAUGAUUAUGAUAAAGAGGAAUAUAACUAUGAAUUUGAUGAUACUUCAAUAUCCUCCUUGUAUCUAUUUAUCGAUCAUGAACUAAGAAUGUGCAACUUUUGCAUUUAAUUUUGUCUGCAUUCUUCUAUAUCUUAUAGGUGCUAUUUCAUUAAAGAACAGCAUUUAGGCAAAGAAACUUAUGUGGAAUGUACAUUUGGAUAUGAUAGUUAGACCCAAUCCUGUAAACAUCCUUAAUACAAUUUAAAAGAUGACCGUUGCUCAGGAUAGUCUUGUAAUGGCUAGUGUAAAUGUUGUAGUCCCACUAAUCGUUGUUAAAGGUGCAUUAAUGAUAACGAUGUUUUGCUUUUGAAUAACAAAGAUUGUGUUGAAUGCUCUAUUCAAAAUUGUAAACUUUGCUUUCAAUAUUUUUAAUAAUCUGAUGGGAUAUUUGUUUCAACUCUCACAUAUACCAAUUAUGAGUAAAUCAUUACUAAUGAGGAUUAUCUAAUCGGAUGUGCUUUAUGUGAGGACAAUUACAUUUACAAUUUUGUUUUAAAUGUUUGUUAAUUAAAAUUACAAAUUUCUCAAUCUUGUGACAAUUAUCUAAUUGAUCAAAAUAAUUAACCACUUUGUUUGACAACAUUAACAUAGAAUUUUGAUGACGGUAUUGAAAUUUCAGAUUGCUUUAAAUAUUUGAAAUCCUGUUAAAAUUGCGUUAAAUCAAACACCAAUAAACUUUAUUGUACAACUUGUUUCAAGGGCUUUUUUCAGAAUUCUUAUGGAUAUUGUGAGUCUUGCGAUGACAAUUUCCAGGAAUGUAAAUUGACAUACUCGAAUCAAUAUGAUUUUACGAUCUAAUAAUUAUAACCUUUGCUUUUAGCUAUCUCGAAUGGAUAAGUGCUCUUUUAUCCUCCUUAUUAUGCCUAUGUAGCUGAAAUAGGUAUAUGUUAUUAAAGUACCAAAUGGUCGAAAAAAUGCAUUGAAGAUAAGAUUGUCACUUAUUGCAGCAAAUAUUUCGAUAAUGCUUGUGUAAAAUGUAACUCAGAUGAUACAUAUACCGCUACUCUAAGUUAGGGGACAUGUUAUUUAUGUUCUUAUCAAUGCAAAAUAUGUCUUCCAUCUAUAGUAGAUAGUACACAAUUAAAGUGUUUCUUAACUGAUUUUUCAACUAAUUAUAUCGAUUAACUUUCAAGUAGAGUGAAAAUCAAAAUAAAUAAUUAUGUUAGAUAUUCAAACUAAUUAACAGUUCAAAAUCUAUUUUGGAAAGAUCAAUAUUCAGAUGUUUUCAAAUAGUAGGUUUUUUAAAGAAUGAAUUUCAUAUAUAUAUUGAACAAUACCUAUGGGAUAUAUUAUUACAAAAGAUAAUCGUAAUAGAUUUCAGAAUCUUAAGAAAAUCAUAUUAUAUAAUCAAUAACAGUUUUAUAAGAUUACUCAUAAAAAAUCAAACUUGAAUCUCUCUAAUUUAUUGAUUAUCAGAUCAUUAAUUUAAAUAACCUCACUAUUACAAUUUAAGAAUUAAAUAAGGACGAAUUAAUUAAGACCACCUCAAAGUAUGGAUCGGAUAUUUACAUCAAUAAUUUAAUAUUAAAUUAAACUCAUUCUGUAAAUUUCUAAAAAUAGAUAUUCCAUCUUCUUAAUAUUACUAGUCUAUCAAUAAAUAAUUUGACCCUUAUCAAUAUUGAUUUAUAAAACUUUGAUUUAUUUAAACUGUCUAUUUUUAGUUUAUCUACUCGUAUUAAAAUCAAUUUAGUAAAUCUUAAACUUAUAAAUUGCAAAUUAAUAAACUCAAGCAUUUUUUCAAUUACAUAAUUGGUAUAUAUAUUUGAUUAGAAUACAAUUUCUAUAACGCAUGUUGAAUUUAUAAACUGUAGUUUUAUAAAUUCUUACUUUUUGUAAUUUUAGGACAAUUAGUUGUGCCUUUAUUUAUAAUCAUUGUUAAUUGAAGAUUUUACCAUUAGACUCAGCAACUUUACUUCAAGUUCUAUCUUUUCUAAUUAUACAGCAACAUAAACUAGAUUAAUGUUAUUAACGAUUAUGGAUAAUUAAAUUAAAAAUUCAAACUUUUUUGUAGCAGAUCUUAAAUUUGAGAUCUAUUCUACUUAAAUUCAAAAUACAACUAUAAAAAAUAGUCAAUUUAUAUAUUUUAUAUAACAACUUUCAGCUGCAUAUCAGAAAGAGUUUCUAAUUAUCAAUUAAUUGGAAUUAUCACAAUUAGAAAUGGAUUCAUCAUUAUUGAGUUUACCCUAAAGUAUAAUAAGAUUCGUUUAGAUUUAGAAUAUAGAAGUAAGAGAUAUAAGAUAGCUUAAAAACGAUAAAAACUAAUCAUCUAAUUUAUUUUUAGUUCAAGCAGAUAUGCUAAUUAUUAAAAAUUACUGGAGUUAUAAUUUUAAAUCUAAUUAAAUUUAACUUGAUAUUCUAAAUUCAAAUAAAAUAGAAUUAUACAACAUUCUCAUAUAAGGUGACAGCAAUGAUUUCAGAAUUAAUCAUGAAGCAGAGUUUUCUGAUUGUCCCCUACGUUUGCAAUUUUUAAAUGUUUAUAACCUCACUUCAUUAAUGAUUUAAGACCUUCAAAUCUAAAAUGUAAUGAUUUGCAAUAACAACUUUAUUAAUAUAAAAGAUGUUCAAAAUUAAAUUACUAUAAACAUAGAUAAUCUAAUCUUUAAAGACAUUAUACUCCUAUAAUUAUAAGGCACUGCAUAAACUACUAUGAUUGAUAUUUCAAUUUCAAAAUAAUCAAUGAUCUAAUUUACGUAAUUUACAAUUACUAAUGUAUUUGGUAAUAAUUAUGAGAGAUUAAGAAAGGUAUCUGAACAAUUAACAAUAAUUUCUAUCGUUGCUGCUUAAAGUACUCUAGAACUAUUAAACAGCUAUUUAAAAAGUAAUAUUAUCACUAAUAGCACUAGUGCUUUAAUCUAUUUAGAAUUAAAAUAGAUUUCAAUUAAAAAUUUUACUAAUAUUGAAUCAAAUUACUUUACUGAAUUAAUAUACAAUCACUUUAACUAAGAAUACACAAAGAUAUCUAUUUCAUCCCUAUAAUAGUUAUUUCCAAUUAAAUCAGAAGGAAGUGUUUUCAAUAUUUUAUGCCAGAAAUUAACUUUAUAUGACGUUAUUAACGAAAAUUCUGUUGCUUUGCUGGGAGGGUUUUGUAAAAUUGAAUUGAUAUUAGAUUGUGGGUUAUUGAUAUAAAACACUUAUAUACACAAUAGUAAAUCUAUAUAGGCAUAAGAAAGCAAAGGAGGAUCUUUUUAUAUAAAUGCAAAAGACGCAAAUUUAAUACUUAAAAUGAUCAAUAUAACCAUCUCUUACUCCUUUUCCCUUUAUGACGGUGGAUUUUUAUAUUUAAUUCCAUCAGAUAGUUCAAAUCUCUUGAUGCUCGAAAAUAUAAAAGCCACUGGUGUUUUUUCAAUGUUUAGAGGUUUUAUGAGUGUUGAAUUUUCAUUGUAGACAAUCGAGAAUGUUGUUACUCUAAAAAACAUAGAUAUACAAUUAGAAUACACCCAGAUGGAGUAUAUAACAAGCAAUUAUGAUGAAUUAAAAGACAAUGAACUCGAAUAUAUAAAAAUAAAGAAUGGAUAUUUAUAUUUCGAUUACUGGUAUAUAUCUGUUUAUUAAAUUUAGCCAAAUAUAAUUUAUCAAUAUCAAUCUAUCAUUCGAAAUUAUUACCUAACCUAUUUUCUACUUAUAAAAUAUGCAAAAUCUACACAUCAUGAAUUUCUAUUUAGAGGUUGGGGAAUAGACAAGUAAUACAAUUAUAGAAUUUGAAUCUAUUAAAAGUAAGAGAAUAACUAAUUAUAAAGGUUUUUAAGACAAAGAUUUAUUUAUCAAAUCAUUCCAGGCAAGACAAAUUAAAGUUACAAUUCCUGAAGCCUUUUAUGCAAAAUCAUGUAAUUUAUCUUAUAAAUAUGAAAUAAUCCAUUUACCGAAUCUUAGUGAAAAAUCUAUUGCUCUCAAAAUUAACAAUUGCUUGAUAAAUUAAUUAUCAAAAGUCUAUUAGGAUGUUGAGAGCAUAAUCUAGAUAAGAUUAUUAGAUACUUUUAGAAAUUUUAGAUUCUGUAAUGCCAUUAUCCUUAAUUUUCACAAGAAUUCUUUUUCGAUGGCUUUAAUUGAUAUUUAUUACCAAACAUAGGUGAAAUCUAAAUUUGAAUUAUUUUAUCUAUUAAACAAUAAAUGUACUCUAUCUACAUGUUUAAGAAUAAGAUCCAAUGAUAAAUAUCAAAUGCUUGAACUAAUUUUAAAAUAGAUAUAUAUGAUGAACAAUCAUAAUUCAAAGUAUGGUUAACUUACUCUUAAUAAUCAAACCUAUUUGAUUAAAUAAUCGUAUUUUAUGAAUAAUAUGGCUAUGGAAAUGGCAGGAGCAAUAUAUUUACAAAACAGUCCUCUAAAAAUUUAAUCAUCCUACUUUAUCAAUAAUAGUGCUCCUUUGGUAGGUGCAAUUUAUUGUUCAAAUAUAUCAAUAUAGGAUAGACAAGUUUUGACUUCUAGUUCAUUAUUUUUGAAUAAUGUGGCUAAAUAUGCAAUAAAUACAUUUGGUAUUGAAUUUUACUCCUUAAGUUUGAGUCAAUCAGUUUUGAAGAAUUAAGUCAUUGCAAAUUAUUCAUAAAUAUCUACAUUUAAAGAUUAGGGAAAUUCUGAAUAAUAUUUAGUCUAUUUGCCAAGUGGGUAGGCACUAAAACAAUAUUAAAUUUUUGACAAAAAAGUUCUCAGAUAUUAAAGUUUAGAGUUUUCACUUAAAUUUAUAAUUUUAAAUAGUUUCAAAGAAAAAUAAAUCAUAAAUAAUUAUUCUAUAAAAUGCAACAUUACAAGUAGUUUGAUCGAUAAGGAGUUCAAUGUUUUACAUGAUAACAUUGCUAUGUUCACUGCAGAAUUUAAUACAGAAAGGAGCGAAUUAAAUUUAGAAAACAAUACAUUUGUAUUGAAUCCGUAUUCUGGGGACUUAUUAAAGAUCAAAAUAUCAUGCGAUAACAUUGAAAAUAAUAACUAUUAUGAAUUAUUUGCAAAAACUUAUAAAUGUCAAAUGGGAGAGUUUUUCUAUGAAGAUUAAUGUUUAAAAUGCAAUGCAUCUCGAGGGUAUUACAGUGUUAAUCCAUUAAAUGGAGAAUGCAUUAAGGCAAAUCCAAAUACUAUACAAAAUCAUACAGAAAAUUUAUUAAAUCUUUAUGAAGGAUUUUGGAGAUUGAAUAUUUUAACUCCUAUUGGAGAAUACUGUUCUAACAAUCCAUCAAAUUGUUUAGGAGGGUGGGAAACAGGAGACGUAACAUGCAUCAUAGGUCACAUUGGAGCUUUAUGUGAAGCAUGUGAUAUUUAUAAUGUUAGGGGUUAGGGCCAAUUCUCAAAAAGUAGAGAUUAUAAAUGUUCCUAGUGUUCAAAUUCUGGUUUCUUGAUUGUUGAAUUCCUAUUAGCGUUUUUCUGGGCUUUUUUGUAAAUAGUCCUAGCUGUUAAAGGCACUUAAUUAUAAAAUCAAAAGUUUCUUUUGAGUAAAUCUCAAACAAAAUUUUAUGAUAUUUUAGUAAGGCUUUCUUAAGGUAUAAUAUAUUUAUGAAACUUAGAUUAAUCAAGUUCAGUGAUUAAACUAAUCAGUAAUUAUUUUCAGAUUAUAAUGGUAGUCUAUACAUUUAAAGUUGAAUUCAUCUCAAAUUUAGAUAGUCUAUUUUAAUUUAUAGGUAGUUCUACAUAUUCAACCACUUAUAAUUUUGAUUGUUACAUAUCCAAGAUUGAAUAUUUGGAUAUAAUAUAUUUGAAUUUGAUUUGGAUCUUAUAGGUUUAAUUUUUGUAGUACGUCCUUUAUCUUUUAUUAUCGUACUUCAUAAAAUUAUCAAGACCAAGAUUUUUUUCUUUGGAGACUGUCUAUUCAUCAUUCUUUUACUUAUAUUUAUCAGGACAAAUUAAUUUAAUAAAAUUGUAACAAAUUAAAAUCAUAAAUUAGGUUAGCUGAAUUAAUAGCUCCAAAAACGAUAAGCAACGUAGAAUGGAUAUCAGCAAAUCUUUCAUAUCGAUUUUGGACAACCACUCAUUAGAAAGUACUUUUUGCACUCAUUUUGCCUUUAUUAAUUAUGUUCGGACUAAUUAUACCUUUGUUCUUAUUUAUAAAGCUAUCUUAAAACAAAUCUAACCUAAGCAAUUACAAAAUUAAAUAAAAAUAUGGAUAUCUUUUUAAUGAGUAUUCUAACACUCAUUAUUAUUGGGAAUCAGUAAAAUUGAUGUACAGAUAGCUAUUAAUACUUAUCAUAGUGUUACUGUAGGAUUUUAUUGUAAUUAAGGGUAUAAUGUUGAUUGGACUACUUUUUGCUUACCAAAUCAUAUUUAGCUUGAGUAAACCAUAUAAUGUAGGCAAGCUAAAUUAAUUUGAAUCAUAGGCAAUUUAAAUAUGUAUAUGGUCAUUCCUUUUGUGCAUUUUGUAAUAUGAAAUUUAAGAAUUUAAUUUAUGGCUGAAUAUUAUAUGUUAGCUUUUAAUUCUAAUGUCAUUCAUAAUAUUGAUAGUUAAAUCAAUUUUCAAGUUCAUUCAAGUAUUUAGUUCAAAAUACGAAUUAAUAAUUGAUUAUAUAAAGACUAAGAUAGUUAGAUGUUUAAAUUUAUAAAAUCUACAAAGUUCAAAAUUGUUUGAAUUGAGUAGCAAAAGAAAGGCAAGAGUGUAAAAGUAUUUUAAAAUAAUCAAAAUACAUGUAUUUAAAAGAGUUUAGACAAAUGUAAAUAUUUAAUAAACCUAAAAUGUUGAAAUUAUGUUAUGUUCAAGUUUAUCGCCAUCUUAAAAAUAGAUAACGCCAGGAAGAAGAUUCUUAUGA